UUCAAUGUUUGAAAAUUCAUUACUUCCAAAUAUAAUAAAAACUUAUAAAGACUUAUUAGAAGAAUGUACUUCAGUACAUAUUCAUGAAGAUAAAAAUUUAUUAUGCACUUAUUGUGGGAGAAAGUUUGCACAUACAUGGAAUUACACCAUUCAUUUACGAAGACAUACAGGAGAAAAACCAUAUCAGUGUACUCAAUGUGAUGCGAAAUUUUGUCAUGCUACCGAAUUAAAAGAGCAUACUUCAAAGCAUUCGGAUGAGAAGAAAUUUGAAUGUGACAUUUGUAAUAAGCCAUUUAAAUCUAAAAAUUCUGUAAUAAGACACAAACGUUCACAUACAGAUCAAAAUAUUUAUUCCUGUGAUAUUUGUCAUAAGCAAUUUUCAAGACGCUACAUACGUGACCAUCAAAAAAUACAUACAGGAGAAAAAAAACACUUUUGUAAAUACUGUAACAAAGGAUUUAAUAGAAAUUACAAAUUAAGCAUGCAUUUACUAACUCAUACCGGAGAAAAACCAUUUACUUGCAGUAAAUGUGGAAAAAGUUUUAUUCAAAAAUAUGCAUUGAAGUGUCAUAUGAAAAAUCAUUCUGACUUGCUUGAAAAAUGAUUUGAAGAAUUAUGUCUUAAUUUUUGAAAUAGAAAUUCUUAAGCGGCGCUUAAAAUUUGAUAUCAUGAGAAAUGAUUCAACAGGACGGAAUUAUAACAGGAAUAUUGGCUGCGUCUAUAACUGAACCGAACGCUCACUACCGGCCGGCAUCCCAUGUACUAGCAAUUCGUUACAUGGGAUGCUGGAGGUAAAUGAGCAAUACCGAGUGAAUGAGAAAGGAAGAAGUAUGACAGAGUGGGAUUGAACUGUAUAUCCUGGUGGAAAUAUUUUCUACCAAUAGUCUAAUUUGGUCUUGUUGUGUUCUGAAAAACAAUUCUAAAAGAAUGAGUAAGU